CCUCCCCCGCCGCGGGCUGCCGAGGGGGGGGAAGCGGCGGCGGGCGCCAUCUUGGCGGAGCCGUGCCGGGAGCUGCGGGCGGCGGGGCUGGGCGCGGAGCCUGUCCUAGCGGCGCGGCCGUUAAGUUGAUUUUACAGAAUUUAUCAGGUCUUCCAAGCAGAAACAGGUGAUUUUUGCUGUGGGUUGAGCUCAGCAUGGCUGUAGUCAUCCGUUUACAGGGGCUUCCUGUUGUUGCGGGUCCUGCAGAUAUUCGUCGUUUCUUCUUGGGAUUGAAUAUUCCCGAUGGAGGUGUGCAUAUUAUUGGAGGAGAAAUUGGGGAGGCUUUUAUUAUUUUUGCAACAGACGAAGAUGCACGGCGUGCCAUGAGCUGUUCAGGAGGGUUUAUCAAGGACUCCCGCAUAGAGCUCUUUCUCAGCAGCAAGGCGGAGAUGCAGAACACCAUAGAAAUGAGCCGGAAACGAUUUGACCGUGGGGGCCGAGAAACUCUGUCUGGGUCUAGACGAACAGGUGCUAAUGGUUCUGGUGCAGCGGGUGUCGGAGACAUUUCGCAUUUAGUCGCGGCUAUUACGAAAGGAAUAAAUAAGUCUGGUUACGGUCCGCCAAAUCACCCGGAGGCUGGUUUCCAUGCCAAUGGCACGAGACACGGUGAUGUAGGCAUGCCUAAAUCAAGCUAUCAGUCAAGAAAGGAUUCUCAUGCGUUUAACCCAGAUGAUCUGUACUUAUUCCUGCGUGGCAUACCGUACUCUGCGACAGAAGAUGCAGUGCGCGCGUUCCUUUCCGGAAUACGCGUGGACGGGGUGAUUCUGAUAAAGCAUCGUAACGGUUUAAACAAUGGUGAUUGCUUGGUAAAAUUCGCUACGCCUGGUGAUGCCUUAGAAGGACUUAAACGCCACAGACAGUACAUGGGGCAGAGGUUCAUAGAAAUCAGUCCGACUACGGAGGAACGGUGGAUUGAGUAUGGCGGGAGGGUAGACGUGCCAAAUGAGAUGGAUCACUUCUUCAAAGAACGGUCUCCAAGAAGUUCGGGCUACAUGCACGCAAGGAAACAUUCUCAUUCGAGAUCGCCAAGGAGACAAAGAACGCGUUCUCGUUCACCUCCCAGCCAGGAAUAUUACAUACACUUAAGGAAUCUUUCAACUAAUGUGGAGAAGAGAGAUUUGAGAGCUUUUUUCCCUGAUCUGGAUAUAUGCAGCAAACAAAUCAAGCUUCUAACGGACAAGCAUCAGAGGAGGACUAGAGACGCCUUUGUGAUGUUAAGGAGUGAGAGAGAUUAUCAGGCUGCUUUGGAGUGCCAUAGAAAGGUUCUUCUCAAUCGUCCCGUUUACAUUUUUCCAAUUUCAAGGAAGUCUAUGUUGAAAAUAAUUGAUUCUUACGAGAGGAGAAGAUCUCAGGAAAGAGAUCUUCCUGGACAGGCCAUGACAGAAAAAAGUUACCGGGAAGGUCAUUCUGGCCCUAAGGUGUGUGCUUAUGUGAGGAAUUUUCCAUUCGAUGUGACAAAAGUCGAAGUGCAAAAGUUCUUUGAGAGAUUUGAUAUCGAUGAAGAUGACAUUUACUUGCUCUAUGACGACAAAGGAGCUGGGCUGGGAGAAGCCUUGGUGAAGUUUAAAUCUGAAGAACAAGCCAUGAAAGCAGAAAACUUAAAUCGUCGAAGGUUCUUGGGAACGGAGGUGUUACUGAGACUGAUAUCUGAAGAGCAGAUGCAGAAGUUUGGUGUAACUGUUCCGUUCUCUGCCCCAAAUGAGAUGCAGGGGCAUUCGCACGCGUAUGACAGAGGUGAGCUUUCCCGUCCGGUUGGUUCACCGCCUGGUUCGCCACAAGGGCCACCCAUGCACUCGUUCGGUCCCCCUGGGAACUUCAGGCAUCCUUCUGAAUUUAGGCACCCCCCUGAGAACUUCAUGUGCCCUCCUAAGGAUUUUAGAGGCCCGCCACCCCUCAUGGAUUUUGGUGGUGACAGCGAACACUUUGGCAGAAUGGAGUUUGGGAAUAAUAAAAUGGGGAAUUUCCCAGAAGGAAGAUUUAUGCCGGACCCAAAUUUCAGUGGUGGUGGUGGUUCUGACCGUGUUGUUCCUAUUCGAUUGAAAAAUUUACCUUUUAAAGCGACUCCUAAUGAGAUUCUGGAUUUUUUCUAUGGCUACAGAGUCAUACCGGAGUCGGUUUCCGUACAGUAUAACGAACAAGGGUUGCCUUCGGGUGAUGCCAUUGUUGCUAUGACAAACUAUGAGGAAGCGAUGGCUGCUAUUAACGAAUUGAAUGAUAGGCCAAUUGGUCCCAGGAAAGUUAAGCUGAGCUUGCUGUAAAGGAGGAAAAGAUGCUCUAGAAUAAAACAUUCUAGAUUUGACAGUAUUGACAGUUGUUUUUACGUUUUUAAUUACUAGAAGUUGAAGAAGAAACGGUUUCCAUCAACGGUUGUAAAUAAUACCUAGUUGGGGUGUUUAGCUCUGGGUUGAAAUAUCUGUAUGGUUAAGAUACGAGAAAUGUAUUGUGCCUACUUCUUGUGGCAGAGAAGAGCCCUGAAAUUGUGGAGGACAUUGAAUAUUUUACAGCAAGGUAUAAAAGCAUGGAUUUCUAAUGCUUUGUUUUUUCUUUUUUUUUUUUUUUUGUUUGCUUUAAUUCGUGUCCCCUGACUUUGCAUCAAAUACAACUGUAAGUGCUGGUCGACUGACCACGCAAACGGUUCAAACAGAAAAACUUCAGUGCUAUCUGCAUUAGUCAGUAACAGUUUUUAUUGAGGUUAGCUUAAUAAAAUUAAAAAAGACUGAUUUUUUUUUUUUUGUGUAAGCUGUUCAGGUUUUGUUCGGUUUCAUGUGUUUGGAGGCAUCCCUAUUAGAAGAAAAAAGACCUGUUCACAUUAGCUGGCUUUGCUGGCUUUGCAACUUUUUUAAAUAAAAAAGAAAUUGUUAUUAAGUGUGUGUCUUAUAAUUAAAACUUGUCUAGUUACUCACCUCAACUAUUAUUUUCAGCAUACCUGGGUCUUAGUGAGAAUGAUGCUGGCUGCUUUCAGUGGAAAGAUUGAACUGUUCAGAGUUUGGCAACGUAGCAAUGAACACACAGCUCACAAAGGCUCCAAGAUCUCCAUGAAUCGGGUGGAUAGGCUUUCUUGCUCUCUUCACUCAAUGUAGUACCUUUGAGGCAGAAAAUGAAUGCUAAAAUUACAGCAAGGAUUUUGGCUUCAGCCUGAACAUUCGGUGGUCUUUUAGUUCAUCUCCACGUGCUUGUUAUAUGGAUAUCAACUUGCUAAUGAUGGCUGGAUGCAUUCCGGGUCAAUACGUAAUCAGUUUUAACUAAUGUGUCACUGGCAACCAUGCUCACGAGCUGUUUUAUUCUUUCUUGUAUAACAAAAUAAACUGUCAGUGUUCGGAAUGCUUUGACAAGUUUGGUACCAGCGUACACAAACUUUAGUAAGAAAUAAAAACUAUCCCGAUUGAGGAAAAACCUCUGCAUCUUCAAAAUUUGGGCUUAGUAACUGGUGCGAAUACACCGUGGCAAUCACAACUGUAAUGAGAUAGUACUUGGAUUACUAAAGAAUUUUAGGAAGUUUUUGUAGUUGCCUCUGAAACAAAGACAGCACACUUGCUACUUGAUGAUGAAAACUAGUUUUAACCUUUGCUCAGGCAAUACCAAAAAAAGCAUAGAUUCAUAGAGCAGUUGAGGUUGAGAAGGGACAUGGAAGUCUCCCAUUCAACCCCAGUGCUCAAAGCAGGGUCAACUAGAGCAUGUUAGUCAAAGCCUCGUGCCUUGGAUUUCCAGUAUCUCCAAGGACAGAGACCACCACUGCCUCUUGGAGGAGCCUGUUCCAGUGCCUGAUCACCCUUGCUGGAGGUCAAACCUUAAUUAAAAGUCGUCGUCAUUACUAAAUUUCAUGUAAGCUCUUUAGAAAUUAACGAGACAACCCCCUUUUUCAUCUAUAAUUUUUAAAAGGCUAAUGUAGCUUCAUUUAUUGUGCAUAUUACUUGUCUUCUCUUUUAAGUGCUCAGAAAAAAGCAUUUUAAAUGAGAAUGGUAAUGCCAAGUUUGUAGGUGUGGAUUCCUCAGCAGAACUUUGAUACGGCCAAAUUUUAAAGCCCGGAUACUUUUUUGCUGACUGGUAGGAACUUUAGAAGUGUGCUGUCCUGAAUGCUCCUCUGAAUUUAAAUGGAAUAAAAAAAAACCCUGCUGCUUUUACUUCAGAGUUUCUGUAAAAGUGAUCGAAAAGCCAACAGACUGCAGGGAAAAUAAUAGCAUGCCAAAGGGAUCCUCAAAAUAAAGUUGCAUGUUCUAAUCACGCCAUUGAAAACUUUGUUAUUUCUGUAAGGUAACAUUUUCACUACUAAUUCUUGCCUCUAUUA